CAGACUUGCAGAGGCAGAAACACAGCUCUUCACUUUCUUUCAUGGUCUUUUCUCUUUUUGUAAGUUCUGAGGAAAGAUUCAGGAUAGGGCUUUAUUCAGUAUGUUUUUCUAUGAAAUAGCAUUCAUCUGUGGGAGAGAGAAGGACUAAGGAAAUCUGAUAUCUGUUGGUCGCUGGGACAGAAUAUGGAUAUGUCACUGGUUUUCUUCUCUCAAUUAAAUAUGUGUGAAUCAAAAGAGAAAACUUUUUUCAAACUAAUGCAUGGGUCAGGGAAAGAAGAAACAAGCAACGAGGCCAAAAUCAGAGCGAAAGAAAAAAGGAAUAGACUAAGUCUUCUCCUACAGAGGCCUGACUUCCAUGGAGAGACUCACGCCAGUAGAUCUGCCCUCUUGGCCAAAGAAACAAGAGUCUCUCCUGAAGAAGCAGUGAAAUGGGCUGAAUCAUUUGACAAAUUGCUCUCUCAUAGAGAUGGAGUGGAUGCUUUUACCAGAUUUCUUAAAACUGAAUUCAGUGAGGAAAACAUUGAAUUUUGGGUCGCCUGUGAAGACUUCAAGAAAUGCAAGGAACCUCAACAAAUCAUCCUAAAAGCAAAGGCAAUAUAUGAGAAAUUCAUUCAGAAUGAUGCCCCCAAAGAGGUUAACAUUGAUUUUCAUACUAAAGAAGUAAUUGCUAAGAGCAUCUCCCAGCCCACUCUCCACAGUUUUGAUGCGGCACAAAGCAGAGUGUACCAGCUCAUGGAACAUGACAGUUAUAAACGCUUUUUGAAAUCUGAGAUCUACUUACAUUUGAUAGAAGGAAGACCUCAGAGACCAACAAACCUUAGGAGACGAUCACGAUCAUUUACCUACAAUGACUUCCAAGAUGUAAAAUCAGAUGUUGCCAUUUGGCUAUGAGUAAAAGUCAUUUGUCUUCUUUUGAUGGUGUAUUUGUAUAUCUAAAAUAUAUACUAAUACUAAUGUGUACUCCUAAAAUACAGCUUGUGUAUAAGAAGAGAUGAUUUCAUUUUGAAAAUACACCAUGCAAAUAUAUUGUAAAUGUAAGAACUUUUAUAUUAUACUAAAACAAUUCUUCAUCUAUCUUCUGAAAUAUUUUAUGAAAAUCUAUCUGAUAUUCUAUCCUAAUAAAAAUCUUUAUUUCUACAAUAACAGUCAGUAAGAAGAAGCUUUGUAAAUUGUUAAAGUAAAAUGAAAACUUUGUAGUAAUGUCACAUCUAGUUUGGAUUAUAUUUCUAAGCAAAAGCAAUGUAUUUAGGUAACUGUAUAUACAGAUGAUAUUUUACAUAAUGAUAGAUUGAGGCUUAUAGAAAUGACCCAUUUUUUAUGGGUGGAAGCACAGACAUUUGUUGUUGCAUACUAAUUCUGACUACAGAUUAUCUGUUUAUCACUUCCACCUUUUAGUAAACAAAAAGAAAAAUUAUAAAGAUGCAUUUCUCUCUGCAUAUUAAAUGGGUUAAUCUUAACCCAGGUAAAUGUCUGAGACUUCACUUUGCCAUCAUAUGUACUCUGAUGAACAUUCCCCAUUAGAUAGAGCAACAAUUUUGUUCACAGGAGUGUGGUCAUGUUACAUUUCUCCACAUAUCCAUGGAGUAGAUCACCUCUCCCAGUAAAUGAACAAGUCACUGAAACAACACCAACCAGUGCUUGACCGAUGAAGAUGGCAUACUUUCACACAAACAUUUAUGUCUCAUAUUUGGAAUUUUAAAGUUGGUAUAGAAGUUCAAACUGAGAGGUGGUGAAAAACUAUAUCCAGAAAUUUGACAACUUUGACAUCAGCACACCCUUUUCUCUCAUUAUGUUCUUUCAAUUCUUGCCUAGUUCUAUAUUAUACAGUAAGAUUAUACUAAUAAAUAUUUAUCUCUAUAUUA